UUCCUAUCUCAUUAAUCCCUUUCUCAUUGACCUUCCUUUAAUAUGUGGUCUAGUGUCUGAUCUAGUAUCCGUACCCCACUUCUUUGAACUUGAGUCAUGGCUGCUUGAGCCUGCUCCUGAGAAUCGAAUGACUAACAAAAUGUACUAAAGGAAGAAAGUUGUAGUCCUUAAACUUAUACAAGUCCAAGAAUCUAAACCGGCUUCUAGAAAUGAGGUAACAUUUUCUCAUCCUUUCUCACAAACCGAGUCAAAAUUUCAGAUUGAAAAAGCUAUUGAUCAAAAUCUCUCUAUUGCCAUUAGGAAGGGAACAAGGGAAUGCACUAAACAUCAUUUAUAUCCACUUUCUCAUAUUGUGUCAUUCGAAAAGUUGUCUCUAUCCCAUAAGAGCUUUUCACAAGUUUGAACAAUAUCUAUAUUCUUACCACUCUAUUUGAGGCUUUAUCUAAUGAAAAUUGGAGGCAAGCCAUAAAUGCAGAAAUGGAGGCCUUGGAGAAAAAUAAAAACUUGGGAGAUGGUAGAUUUAGCUACAGGAAAGAAACCAAUGGGAUGUAAGUGGGUCUAUAUUGUUAAGUACAGAGUAGAUGAAACAUUAGAGAGGUAUAAGACAAGACCGGUGGCUAAAGGAUACACUUAGACAUAUGACAUAGACUAUCUAGAGACAUUUGCUCUGGUUUCCAAGAUGAACAGAGUUAGAAUUUUGUUAUCAUUAGCAACAAAUUAUAACUAGGAUCUACAAUAGUUCAAUGUCAAAAAUGCAUUUUUGAAUGGAGAUCUUAAAGAAGAGAUUUAUAUGGAAGUCCUUGGAAGAAGUUGGGUUUUUCUUACUUUUCUGGUACUUCAAAUCCAAUGGAGGUAGAGGCUUGGAUUCUUAAGAUUGAGAAAUUCUUUGAUGUCAUAGAUUGAGGAGCAAAAAGCCUCUUAUGCAACAUUUAUGUUGGACAAGAGGUAAAUCAAUGGUGGCAUAUGACCCAAAAGCUUUUAGAGGAUUACCUAUAGUUUGGAAACUAUUUAAGGAGACUUUCUACAAGUACUUCCCUGAUGGUUUUAGACGACGGAAAGUGGGAGAGUUUGUUCGUUUGGAAUAGGGGGAUAUGACUGUGGCCCAGUAUGAGGCCAAAUUUAUGGAGUUGUCUUGUUUUGCCCUAUAGUUGAUUGCUACAGAGGCAGAAAAGGUAUUGAAGUUUCAGGAUGGAUUGAAGCCCUACCUGAAGAAUAAGAUAUCUAUUUUGAAGCUUAGUGUUUAUUCAAAGGUUGUGGGUAGAGCCCUUAUUGCAGAGAAGGAUAAUGAAAAGCUUCAUCAAUACAGGAAACAACAAAGGAAAAGGAGUAGGAGUGAUGGUGCUCAUGGUUGCCAAGCACAGAAAAGGUCUGUUUUAGGUGGGAGUUAGAAUAAAAGGAAAAUAGUGCAAACUUCAUAUGUGAUUGUCCUACUUGUGGUAAGAAGCAUGGGGGUAGGCCAUGCUAUAGAGACACUGAAGCUUGCUUUGGUUGUGGGAAGCAGGGAAAUAUGAUUUGGGAUUGUCCAAAAGCCUAAGGAGGAGAAUAGAGAGGAUAAACAAAAGCCUAGGAUUGAAGGGCAGGUGUUUGCUAUGACCCAUUGAGAAGCUCAUGCCACUUCCGACGUGGUGACAGUGCACCACCCAGUUGAGAAAUGAUUUGUGCGAAAGCCCCUCUCUGUUAGCUUCCUGGGCUGCUGAAAUUGGCUCUAAAGCAGAAGCAUCAACUACUAAAAUCAGAUCCUUAGAUGCACUCGGGAAGGAAGCAUGCUAGUUACGGUUUCAGGUCUUAGCAGUAUGAUCCUCGUAAAUAAGAGAAGAGCGAUGGAACUCUUCCCAGAAAGUGUGACAAAACUUUGGAAUGAAUGGGAACUCCGCGCAUUGGUUUUGUUGAGCCUUUUCUUACAAAUUGUGCUCAUACUCUUGGGUAACAGGAGGAAAUAUAUAGCUAGUAACUGGGUCAGAAUCAUCAUUUGGCUAGCUUAUUUAGCUGCAGAUUGGAUUGCAGCAGUCUGUAUUGGCGUCCUGUCCAAUGAGAAUGGAGAUGACAACUCAUCACAACCAAACAGUUUGAUAUGGGCAUUUUGGGCACCAUUUCUGCUGCUGCACCUUGGCGGCCCGGAUACCAUUACAGCCUAUUCAUUAGAGGAUAAUGAAUUAUGGUUAAGACACUUUCUUGCGCUAGUCAUCCAGUUUGGAGGGACAUUUUACAUUUUUCUUAGGUCCUGGAAGUCCAAACUGCUUAAUAUUCUGGCCAUUCCAAUUUUUGUGGCUGGACUCAUCAAGUAUGGGGAAAGGACCUGGGUUCUAAGGUCUGCAAGCAGCGAACAAUUCAGAGAUGCCCUGCUACCUCGUCCUGAUCCAGGGCCUAAUUAUCCCAAAUUCAUGGAUGAGUAUACUUCAGGAAAAGCCGAGGGAUAUCAAGUUUCAAUACAACAACGAGGUAAAACUUCUAGGACAGUGCAUUCUCCUCCAGAAGGAGACAUUUUGCAGCAGGCUUAUUACUUCUUCGAAACUUUCAAGGGUUUGUUUGCAGAUAUCAUUCUUAGCUCCCAGAGGCGCAAAAGGAGCCAGUCUUUCUUCCAGGGGAAACAUUCUGAACAAGCUUUGGAAGUGACUUUGAAAGUGGCUUUUGAAGUGGUUGAGAUUGAGCUUGGAUUCAUGUACGAUGUUCUCUACACAAAGGCAACUGUGACUUGCUCUAGAUGGGGCAGCCUUCUCCGCUCGAUUAGUUUGAGUUUCACCAUUUCUGCAUUCAUAGCCUUCUUGACCAUUGACAGGCAAGAGUACUCGACUAUUGAUGUUAUUAUAACGUACUUGUUGCUGGUUGGAGCUAUUGUUUUAGAGAUCUAUGCCAUUCUUGUACUGCUUUUCUCAGAUUGGACUAAGCGGUGGUCAAGUAAAAACAAAAACAAAAACACAGCGGUGCAGCUCAUCAUUAAAGCCAUCUCUCGCUGCCAAUUGCGUUUUCUAUUCCCGACGAAUCAGAGGUGGUCUAAAACCAUGGCACAAUACAAUCUAAUAGAUUUCUGCCUUAAACCGAGGCCAAUUAAAGUCCGUGUACUCCAGAAGUUCCACAUUUAUCAAAUGUUUGAGAAGUAUUAUCACAAGAAUUUAGCUGUUUUCUCUGAAGAAAUGAAAAAAUUGAUCUUUGAAUACCUUGUAGAAAUAUCAAAGAGUGCCUCAGAUAUUGAGGCGGGUAAGCAAUUAUGCACUGGUCGGGGUGAUCUGGUGCUGCUAGAGAAAUUAGGUUUGAGCAAUAACGAAGACUUCAGUCAUAGCAUUCUUCUCUGGCACAUUGCAACUGAUCUCUGCUAUGAGAAUGAUGCAGAGAAGAAUCCAGAUUGUAAAGCGUGCAAGGUGCUUUCUGAUUAUAUGUUGUAUCUUCUGGUCAUGUGCCCUUUUAUGCUGCCUGACGGAAUUGGGGAGAUUAGAUAUCGAGACAGCUGCGCCGAGGCUAAAGAAUUCUUCAAGGAUAGAAAGCACAUAAAAAGUAGAACCCAAGCUUGCAAAGAUUUACUGAGAGUGAGCACUGAAUUUCCAGCAUCACAGGUGAAAGGUGAUAGAAGCAAGUCUCUGCUAUUUGAUGCCUGCAGGCUGGCCAAGUCUCUGCAAUCCCGGGAACAUAAAUGGGAGCUGAUGCGGGGUGUGUGGGUGGAGAUGCUAUGUUACGCUGCAAGUCAAUGUCGGCCGAAUCAGCAUGCCAAGCAGCUCAGGCGAGGCGGAGAGCUGCUCACUCAUGUCUGGCUUCUCAUGGCUCAUCUUGAUGUAAGAGAAAAUUUCCAGAUUUCACAAGGCAAUACAAAAAGUGGGAUAAUUGUGAGCUAGGAUCACUGAUGACACUCGAAGGAAAUGGCGCCACUCCAAUAUUGUAGUUUAGAAGUUUUUGUACCAAAAGAAUCCAAGAUCAGUUGAUCAGUUGUAUAUUCAAUUUAGAGAUACUCAUUUUGAAGUUUUUGCAAUCACUGUCGCCUCGAAUUAUCUUCACCUCUCAGCAAUAGAUUACUGAUUGGUUAACAAUGACAUUGGAGGUUUUCCGGUAUUGUAGUG